AUGCGAGUAACCAUACUUGCAUGGCUGCUUCUGGCUUGUCCAGGAGGGUGCCACUGGAUUCAGCGAGCACAUCUCAAGCAUGGCAACGCAAGCUCGGCACUAGCACUGAGCAGCAGUCCUGGUGAGGUCGGCCCUGAGAAUGCCAACAUCUCCGCCAUGUCUACCUGGCGAUGUGCCACCACUGGGCAUCUCUUGCAGAUUCUCCAGGUCACUUCAAGCCAUCCAAUUCCGGGAGAUGCGUGCUUUGCGGGCUUCACCAAGUUCUUCUGGGCAGCUGUGCUCGCAAUGCUCACUUUGGUUGGCAUGUGCUUAUUCGUGCCACUCAUGCUGGAGAUCACCAGGCGACGUCCGCCAGGACAACCUCUCGUCCUAUGCGGCAUCAUAUUCGAUUGCUGCCCGCCGAAACACUCGGCAGAGCAGCUCGUCACAUCUCCUGGGAGCAAAUCUCCGGAGUCAAGAUGA